AUGGCCUCUCCCAGGCCGAUAGUACUCCGAUUUGAGAGUCGGAAUGGCCAGUUUCGCGUAACUGUGCCGCCAUCCAUGCUGUUCCCGGACCUGAGAGACAAGAUUCUCGAGCACCUUCCCCCCUCCACCGAUCCUACAUCGAUUAUACUGUCAAAUAAGCCCAUCGGCGUGGGUGGCCAAGAAAGACCGCUUGCUAGCUUGGAUGGAGUUGCGAUCGAAAGAGUUGGGUUAUCGCAUGGAGAUAAACUGUUUCUUGGAUAUCAAGAAAAAGCGUCGCUUUCCAAUGGCGACUCUCACCCCCAGCAAGCAGCGCCUAGUCAGAAACCCGUCACGGAGUCACGACGGCUGAACGGGGCUGCUGUCCCUCAGCAAACGACCGUUGCCCUUCCGCCCCACCCGACGUCGCCAUCGGCCAUCCUCAAGAACCCUUGGGAGGUGGUCGAGCAGUCUCCGCUUGACGACUUCUUGGAUAAGAAAGAUGGAAAGAUCCCCCGACCGCGAGAUACAAAGAUGUGCCGGCACGGGCCAAAGGGCAUGUGUGAUUACUGCAUGCCCCUCGAACCAUAUGCGCCUGAAUACUUGGCCGACAAGAAGAUCAAACAUCUGUCCUUCCACUCAUACCUCCGGAAAAUCAACUCUUCGAAAAAUAAACCAGAGCUCAAGAGCUCUUACAUGCCGCCUUUGAGCGAGCCCUACUACCGCGUCAGGCGAGAUUGUCCGUCUGGGCAUCCACCGUGGCCGGAAGGAAUCUGUACAAAAUGCCAACCCAGCGCCAUCACUCUUAAGCCUCAGGAAUUCCGCAUGGUCGACCACGUUGAAUUUUCUUCCCCGAGCCUGAUUAAUGGACUUUUGGAUUUUUGGCGAAAAUCGGGUUCGCAACGUCUGGGAUAUCUAUACGGGACAUACGAGGAGUAUACCGAAGUUCCACUCGGCAUCAAGGCUGUUGUCCAGGCUAUAUACGAACCGCCUCAGGUGGAUGAGGUGGACGGAAUCAGUCUCAAUGAAUGGGAGACUGAAAAAGAGGUCGAUGAAGUCGCUCGUCUUUGCGGUUUGCAAAAGGUUGGCGUUAUAGUCACAGACCUCCUCGACGCUGGCAAAGGCGAUGGCUCUGUUGUUUGCAAACGACAUGCUGAUUCGUACUGGUUGUCCUCGCUUGAGAUUGCCUUUGCAUCGCGAUACCAGGCACGAUACCCCAAGGCAACGAAAUGGAGUGAAACUGGCUCGUUCGGGUCCAACUUUGUCACAUGUGUAUUGAGCGGUGACGAAAACGGAGCAAUUGCAGUCAGCGCGUAUCAAGCUUCCAACUCGGCAGUGGAGAUGGUGAGAGCAGAUAUCGUUGAGCCUUCUGCCGACCCCACUGUCAUGCUUGUUCAGUCGGAAGACGAUAACGAUUCGGGCAGCGAGCUACGAUACAUCCCCGAGGUCUUUUACCGCAAGAUCAACGAAUACGGAGCCAACGUGCAGGAGAAUGCCAAACCUAGCUUUCCCGUGGAAUACUUGCUGGUGACGUUGACCCAUGGAUUCCCUACAGACGAAGCCCCUCUUUUCAUCGACAGCACGUUCCCAAUAGAAAACAGAGAAGUCAUCGGCGAAAGCCAGGAGCUUCGUGUGGUUGCCAGGAAGCUCGUCACUCACGACGAUACGAAAAAGGCAAUCCGCGCUGUUUCCGACUUUCAUCUUCUCGCUUUCCUUCACUCGCUGGGAACAUUCAGCAAGGACGAAGAGGAACUGCUGGCCCGCGUGGCUACUACCCAUGACCCUUCGGAUGGCCUGCAACUUGUGAAUACUAGUGGAUGGGCCACCCUGGUAGCGAUUCUUCAGGAGAGCGGUGAGCGACCCCCUAAGCGCCCCUUACCCAUGGCUAGGGAUACGCCUGUUGCAUCUUUUGCCCAGAGACAUGGACACCUCCAGUCGAGAUCCGUGUCUCCGAAAUCCGAUAGUGAACGUCUUGCUAAGAGGUUUAAGGGGACUAGCCUAGAGUAA